AUGCUCUCCCUGCCGAACCAGACCAGCAAAGGAGCCCUCGAGGGCAUCUACACCUGGUGCCGAAAUUGCGGUGCUGGCUGCAUCGUUCCAGUCGGAGAGAAGUUUAGAGGCCAUCUCGGCGAGCGCAGUAUCUACUGUACCAAAGAGUGCUGGUGGCAACACGGCCAGGAGCGAGGGUUCACGCCCUACGGCGGCUAUACGAAUCCCAUCAUCUGCGAACCACCUCCUGAUCCCGACACUGUUAUGCCCAUCUUCACCCCGAGACUCUGGCCUACUAUGUACAGUCCCUCCGUUACCAUGACGCGUCGGGCCUCCGUCCUGUUGCCCGAGCUUCCUGUCCCACCCCCUCAAGGCCCAGUCCCAACGCCUCGCUACAGGAACUUAAACCGUCCUCAUCCAAAAGACAUCUUGUGGCCUGCGCCCGAGAUGCCUGAAGGCAGCUCUGGAUACGGCUAUCCCAGCGUCAACUGGCUUCAUUACAUGCCCGACACAGAGGUCUACGGCUACCUGAUCGACUCAUUCCGCCUUCGCAUGCAGGAUAUCAAGGGCCGACCAACAACUCGCCUCGACAUUUUUUACCGGGAUUGGAACAAGGACAUGGCCGGCUUCAAGCACUAUCUCGACCUGGCUGAGGAGACUCCGGGUCUUUUGCCCAUCGAGUGGAAGUUCAAGAGGGAUGCGUGCGAGAGUCUCUGCAAGUUUGAGCCAUACUACGACCUCUCCAAUCUGGACGCUAUGGACAAGCCGUCUAUCAUUAUGCGCCACGACGGCGACCGCAGGUGCAUUCGCACGCUUCGAGAGCUGGCACAGGCCGUGUUUGGGUACGCGCCUGGAAACCUCAAUCUGACCAAGUUGUGA